CUUUUGGUUUCAUCAGAAUUAUUACUAUUGAAAAAAUAUUAUAAACAUUGGUGCUUCAACUUACCUUUACCUGUUCCCAUGCUUUUAGCAAUUCUAUUUUUUUCCCUCCUUCUUGAACCUCGAAGACUAUCAAUUUUCUUUUUUAAGACGUCCACGGAUUCAUUACAUAUUUCACCUAUCUCUCUCCAUGCAUCUUCUUUUCUGAUUAUAUUAUAAUAAUGUUUAUCGUUCUUUUUCCACAAUAUCGGGCGCUUUUCAUACUCUUUAAUGAAAGAUAGUGUUUUUUCCGUGUCCCAACUCAUAUUUUACCAAUCGGCGGGCGGCACGAACGUACGAUGACUAAACAAACUGUCCACAUCUAAACGCGCGAGGCAAAAUUUGUCUUUGAUGUACCGACUACCUUCGGAUGGCUCCCGAACUGCCUCGCUCCAUACGACGGACGGCCGAACGCAACGCGGCGCGCCUCGGAUGUACGUCCACAUCUGCACAUACGCCAUGCCUCGUUCCCGUUCGUGCUCAGAUGAAUACGCGCCUUAAUAUUAACUGUACCAGUUACGUUAUAUCUUCUAACAAUAUUUCUCACACUGUACCGCGAUAAGUCUAAGUGUACGUGCACAUAGCAAGAGGAAGCGAGCGAGUCGUUGCGAUACGUAGCGAUGCGAGACCGAACGCUAGAGAUUGCUGUGCAUAUUGAACGCGUUUGAAAAGGCGGAAUUUUUAUCACUUUCCCACAGUAGUCAGUGAACAGUCGCGAUGGAUACAGCGUUAUUAUUAUUAUUGGAGAAUCCUCUAAUAAAACGACGUUUAGCCAAGAAAAGAAGAUUUUGGACACAUAACAUCAAUCGUUCGAGAGAAAGAUUUGGAGAGUUCUUUCAUUUGUAUAAAAGUUUACAAGAAGACUCCGAAAGGUUUUACAGAUAUUUUCGGAUGAAGGAGAGUACUUUUUCUUAUAUUUUAGAAAAAGUAGAAUGGCGAAUCAAGAAACAAAAUUCAAAUUUCCGAAAAGCCAUCAGUCCUAUUGAAAAGCUAGCAUUAACCUCGAGGUUUUUAGCUACUGGAUUAUCAUAUAGAGCACUCGCAGACUCUUUCAGGAUGGGUUUUUCGACUGUAGCAAGUAUAGUGAAAGACGUUUGUACCGCAAUAUGGGAGGAACUACAACCAAUUCAUCUUGGGAUACCUUCGGAACAAGAUUUGUUAGAGAUAAGCAGACAUUUUUAUAAGAAGUGGAAUUUUCCAAAUUGUUUUGGGUGCAUAGAUGGAAAACAUAUAAGAAUAAGAUGUCCAUCGAAUACUGGAACAAGUUAUUACAAUUAUAAACAGUAUUUCUCUAUUGUUUUACAAGCAGUAGCCGAUGCUAACUGCCGCUUCAUUUUUAUCGACACAGGUGCCUUCGGUAAACAAUCAGAUGGUGGAAUAUUUCGAGAAAGUGCUUUAUAUCAGCAUUUAGUUACUGGAAAGUUAAAUAUACCAGCAGAUCGUAAUUUACCAAACUCAGAUACAAAGCUACCAUAUGUUUUAUUAGGAGAUGAAGCCUAUCCACUUCUGAAUCAUUUGUUAAAACCAUAUCCACGAAAAAAUUUAGAUGCACAGAAGACAAUUUUCAACUAUAGACUUUCAAGAGCACGAAGAGUUGUCGAAUGUGCCUUCGGAAUCCUUGCUGCAAAAUGGCGUAUUUUAACAAAAGCAAUAGAAACAUCUCCAGAAAAUGCCGAAAAAAUUGUUAAUUGCAUUUGUGUGUUGCACAAUAUAAUUAUUGAUAAAGAAGGUAUUGCCCUAAUAGAAGAACCAAAGGAAAGCACAGAUUCAAAGAAAAAUAGGAAAAAUAAUAGUUCUACAGAACAAGCUAGGGAUAUAAGGAAUUGUUAUAUGCAGUAUUUCAAUAAUGAGGGCGCUGUCCCGUUUCAAUAUAAUGUUUUAUGAAUAAAUUAUAUCAUUAUAUGAACAUGUGUUUACUACUUACUUGUUAUUCCACAAGAAGCUGCUAUUUCCUGCCACAUUUUCGAUAUUACAUCACGAUUAUGAUGUAAAUGAUUUGUUUGAUCCCAUAUAGGGGUUCGCAAGAAUAUCUCAUUAAUCAAUUUCUCGAUAUCCACCAUAUUAAAUCCGUCCUCUCCAACGCUCAAAGACAAACUGAUUUGUUUUGGAGCGGAUCGCUCGCCGCGGACUCGUUACGACCUGCUACGGCUCGCUACGGCUCGACACCAGUAUGCACCCUCGCAUUGAAUUAUAUUAGUUUGUAUUUUCCGCCUUGCUCGCAACGCUACGCCUCGCUUGAAUCCGCCUUGUAUGUGCACGUACACUAAUGGUGGCUUCUCACUACGCGUGCUACUACGCGUCGCGCCGCUCCACGCGCAAGAACACGCCACGCGACACGCCGCGCCACCCGUUUGUGCGGCGCGGCGCGGCGCGUGCCUUCUGGCUUUACACCUCAGUUUGAUUCAGUCUGUUUAGCGCAGCGCACUAUGUCUUGUGAGUCGAAUUGCCACCUCCAGCCAUGGAGCAAUGCCACUGAAGAAGAAGGCAUGGCUGUUGCAUCAGCCGUUUUUGUCUUAUUUUGUGGAUAUCGUUUACUUAAUAAAAUUAACAAAAACGGGGAGGAGACGCUGGUGGAUGUCAACGUUCAAUAAGAGCCGGUCAAGGUAAUCAUUGUUUGUAUUUUGAGAUAAUUACAUAGGUACGUAAUUUUUAAGAAUCCUAUCAAUAUAUUUGAUGGUAUCUAUUGGUAAGUUUGGCG